GUCAGACUUCUGUAAACAGCAGCAAUGAGGUUCAUCUGUGCAGUGUCCCUGCAGGCACAGAGUGUUGUGCAGUUCCCAUUUUCUCAGCAACCGUAAGGUAAGUGACUUUUAUACUUUCAUUCUUUAGAAAAACAUAAAGGAAAAAAGUGGACUGGAAUGACUGGAAAUGGCCACACAGCAGGGGAAGGUAAGGGAAAUAUCUGCUAGAACAGAGCAAGCUGUUAGUGUUGGACCUUUCUGUUCAGAAGCACCCAUGUGGGUUAGAGCACAGAAUUCCUGUUUCUAUUGAAAAUGUAAAAAUGCCAUUGCGAGAGUUAAUUCCUUUCUUUGAGCAACAAAGGAUGAAGAAAUAUAUUUUAAUUUUUCAUCUAACUGAAACUUACUGCAGUUUAUUAAGGGGUUGUUAUCAUUUCUGAUAACAGAUAAUUGCUAUCUCAGUUUAACUUUUGGAAAUACUCAGUGCUUUUCUCCAUCCUUGUAGUUUACCUCCCAGCAGCUGGUUAUUUUCCACUUUAAAAAUGAAUUUGUAAUACAUGUGCAUGGCAGGGAAUAAAGCCUGACAUUGCUGAAAUGGAGCAGAUGACAGUGGAUUCAGUAGGGACUACACCACUGUAAUUAAGGGUUAAUACAGUUAAAACCAGAUCAUGUUGGUGGCAGUAGUGUAAAAGAAUCCUAAAUGAAAAUUAAGGAUGUGCAAAGAUAUAAAAUUUUGGUCUAAACGAGCUUGACUGUAACAGUAAGCAAUAGUUGAGUAACCAGAGGGCCUCUUACUUGCUUUUCAGUCAUGUGCAAACUGGGAUAAGGAGACAGAAUAUGUAAUUUAAAGUCAUAGUUAAAAUGGCAUUUUAAAUAUGGCGUAGUCCUGCAGCCAGCAGGGAAUUGCACAGUGUAGUCUACAGAGUGUAUGUCAUGUUGAGGGCUAUUUUUCUGAUUACUUUUGAGUGAUUUUACACCAUUUCAAAAGCUCCAUUUAGUCAGCUUAAGGGCUGCCCAAAGCUUGAGCUAGAAUCAUUUUGAAGCGGGAAGGUGUUUGACAAAGCAGCUUUUUGAAGAGGAGUGUCAGUUUUUCAGAGUAGUUUAGUUCUUUUGUCAAAGUAUUUUGGCUGAAAACCAGAAGAGUUUAGCCAAAAAUAUACUCACAGCGUCUCCUGGGAGCUGUAGUGCUUUGCAUUGCUUUCCACUACUGGCUGGGCUUUAUGAUUGAACCAUGCUUCCCAUAGGCCCCGUUCACAGGGACUCGCUGUUGCGAUGUCCUUUGGUGCAAGGAGCUCUGUGCUGUAUUUUGUCAGAUGCAGCGUACUGGAAGAGGCACAGGCUGGGCUCAUAGGGAAUUAAACGCAGGAAAAGCCCCCCCAGUUAACUAGUAGGAGUCAGUGACCUGUAAGUGCUCAUUAUGAAGAGAGAUCUGGUUUUCUUGGUGACUCUAAUUAGCCUUGCCUUCCUGUCACUGCUAAGGUCUGGAUAUCCUCAACAUAUUGCAGAGGAGUCCUGCUCUGUUCAGAUUCUUGUCCCAGGCCUCAAAGGUGAGGCCGGAGAAAAGGGGGAGAAAGGUGCUCCGGGUCGUCCAGGUAGAGUUGGCCCUCCAGGAGAAAAAGGAGAAAUGGGAGACAAAGGACAGAAAGGCAGCAUGGGACGGCAUGGAAAAAUUGGUCCUAUAGGCUCAAAAGGUGAAAAGGGAGAUAACGGUGACAUAGGACCACCAGGUCCUAAUGGUGACCCAGGCAUCCCCUGCGAGUGUAGCCAGCUAAGGAAGGCUAUUGGUGAAAUGGAUAUCCAAGUGGCCCAGCUGACGACAGAACUAAAAUUCAUAAAAAAUGCACUGCCCUCCCCCGCAGCUGUUGCUGGUGUGCGUGAGACAGAUAAUAAGAUUUAUCUGCUGGUGAAGGAAGAAAAAAGAUACAAGGAAGCCCAGCUCUACUGCCAUGGAAGAGGAGGGACGCUGAGCAUGCCCAAGGAUGAGAAUGCCAACAACCUGAUCGCCUCAUACAUCAACCAAGCUGGUCUCACCAGAGUUUUCAUUGGGAUUAACGACCUAGAGAAAGAGGGGAAUUUUGUCUAUUCUGACCGGUCACCCAUGCAGACCUUCAACAAGUGGCGCAGCGGGGAGCCCAACAAUGCCUAUGAUGAGGAGGACUGUGUGGAGAUGGUGGCAUCUGGAGGGUGGAAUGAUGUUGCAUGUCAUAUUACUAUGUAUUUUGUGUGUGAAUUCGAUAAAGAAAAUGUGUGAGCUUGUCUGCUCUUUAUUUUAAGAAAAGUUUUUAAGCAGGUUGUAUAAGUUAGCCCAUAUUUAUAGAGUACAAGUAAUAUUUUACACAUAUGUCACAUCAGUGUUGUACAGCUGUAAAUACAAUUUAGGUAUUUCAAAUAUCGUUAUUUACCCUUCAGAAGGGAAGAGCACUGAUGAGUAAGAUAUAGAUUGUUUUUUUUCUGUAGGAGAAUGUAUGUAUUUAGAGAAAACUGUUGUUUGGGGCUAAAUUCUGCCCUCAAAGCAUUUAACACAUGUGAUUGCAUGACUGUAAGGGAAGGCAGAAUUUGGCCUCUAGUUUUAAGAGUGAUUGUUUCUGAAGAAAUAGAUUCUUAAUAUUCUUUUAUCUUAGCAAAUUUAAUAGUUAUAGAUGUUAAUUGCUUGUAGCACUACAGGGAUAUUCCAGCAAGAAGGCAAAUAAUUUGUAUACUCCAGUUAAUUAGCACAAAUAUUACUGUAAGUUUUUCUUGGAUGUAAAGGUGUUACAACUCUAUUUCUUUUUUAUUUUUUUAAAUAGCCGAGCCUAGUCAACACAUCAAGAGUCCCACCAAUUUUGUACAGUUUCUUUAUUAAAAUAUUCACAGAUGUAUCAUGAGGAGGCCCUUCAGUAAACAGAGUUUUAGUGCUGGCAGAGGAUUCAGUACUGAAAGAGGGAUCCAUGCCAGAUGAGUGCUUUGAGUUUGGGUAAAGGUAACAGUAAGAUUUUGGUAUUCUGCUAUCUUUAGUUGAAAAUGAUUUAGUGAAUGAACUAUUUAAUUUUUUAAGUUAAAGCGUUUCCCAUUUUUUAAAGAUGAUUUUGGUACAUCUUGUUACAAAACAAACAAAAUAAAGACCCUUCACAGUAUAAGGCAAAUUACAUAAGUAGACAACAAAUCUCACAGGAGUGAUUUAGGUAGUUGUUUUGGCAGGAAGAUGAAUUUUUUUUUUUUUUUGCUGAAAAGCAGCAAAAUUGUCCAAAAUUCUCCUGUUUAUGUAUAUAGCAAUAAUGUCAUUUUGCACAAAUAAUUUAUGUACUCAAUUUACAAUUGCAUAUGAUGGAAAAUGUGAUGUAUAUUUUAAGAAAUCAACAACAUAAUUUCACAAAGGAAAUGAUAAAUUACUUUGGAUCUUCCUAGGAGCCAGUUGCAUGACAUCUUAUUCUCACUGUUAGGCAUAGAAAGAUGACUACAGAAUCUCUGACUGUUUUUUCAGGAAUACCCUGCACAAUGUUUUAUGAUGGCUUUUUUCAAGAAGAAAUGUUCCUUUGUAUAACAUAGCAAUCAAUAUACUUAUCUGAUAAUUAUGGGAAGUUGGUCUACAAGGUAUCCAGAUUGGAUCUGGCUUGUGGUUUCAGAGAUUCUCCCACAGAAAGACAAGACCAACUGAAAUCAGUUCUACAGUGCCAUGGUACAUAACCAGCGAUCAGACAAUUCUGUUCAUAUCCAUGGUCUAACAAUAUUUGACGUGAUGCUGUUAUUAAAUACCUAAUAAAACAAACUAUUUUGUUUGAUAUAUUUACUCUGUGAAUUUGAAUCCAUUAUACAUAUGUUUGAUACUAGUGUUGAAGAUCAGUAGCAAAUUCCUAUAGUAUUUGAAUAUCCCACCUCCAGAGUUUUCUGAGAAACAAAUGGUCCUUUGACUGUUUCACCUUCUUUAUUAUGAAGGUAGGCAUGACUCCUAUGUAUUAGGCUGUCUUCAGACUGUGUAUUGAAAUCUAUUAAAGUGAAUAUGUUUCACCAAUACUCAAGGCUCUUUACAGAAUUUACAGUGGAAAAAUAGUUGGUUAGAGUAGUGCCUUUUGAAUAUCACGGUUAUUUCCUGCCUGCUAUAGAAAUCCUCAGGAACCCUUCAAAUCUCAAGCAUAUUUCUGUCAAAUCAUUGUAUCUAUAUUAAAAAAUCUAAGCCUGAGUUACAGGUAUCUGGUGUUCCCUCAUUAUGCACAUAGUGAAGAUGCUAGUUGUUUUUCACUCAGGUUUUGCAAGUCUGCUAUAAUGUUUGCUUUCCUCAGAAACAUCAAAAGAGACCUUUUGAGGAGGUGGGAAGAUUUUUCAGAUGCCAAAUACUUCUGCUUUAUCUGGAAGCUGUAUCAAAUUUGUAACGAUUUCCUUGACAUGUAGAACAGUCCAAAUUUCAAUUAAGAUAUGAAAAAUAUGAAAAAUAAAGAAAAUGUAAAAAACA